GGUCAUCACACGUCACAUUAGCAACCCACGUGUCAAAUUAUGAUUUGCUCUCAUACUAAAUCCCAGAAAAAAAGAAAUUCAUUUUCCUUGGCUGGAUAAUUCUUUUCAAUCCACUCCCUUUUCAGCUAGUUUUUUACUUUCUAUGUUCCCUUCCAAGAUGAAAAAUCGUUUUCCUUUCUGAAUCGGAAAAUCAUUCGAGGAUAAACGGAGAACAUAAGCUUCCCUGCAACAAUGGCAGCCGUCACUUCAGUAUCGUUUGCCGCAGUAACUCAGUCCACCGACCGGAAAAUCUCAGUUCCGUCUGUUCGUAAUUGCUUCGCCCUCAAUAAUCACCGUUUGCCCCACACUUCGUGUAACUUUCGGAGCAGGAGCUCGAGCUCCCGUAUGGUGGUUCAUUGCAUGUCCACAGCUACAGUUUCAGACCUGCCAACAGUCUCCCAAACAAAGCUGAAUUUCUUGAAGGCAUAUAAGAGACCAAUUCCUAGUAUAUUCAACACAGUUUUACAAGAGCUAAUUGUACUGCAGCAUUUGAUGAGGUACAAGAGGUCAUACCGCUAUGAUCCCGUUUUUGCACUUGGUUUCGUUACUGUGUAUGAUCAGCUCAUGGAUGGAUAUCCUAGCAAUGAGGACCGAGAGGCCAUCUUCAAAGCUUACAUUGAGGCUCUAAAUGAGGAUCCUGCUCAAUACAGAGCUGAUGCACAGAAGUUAGAAGAGUGGGCCCGUUCACAGACUGCAAAUUCAUUAGUAGAUUUUGCAUCCAGAGAAGGAGAAGUUGAAAACAUUUUGAAGGACAUAUCAGAAAGGGCAAGGAGCAACGGAAGUUUCAGCUAUAGCCGGUUCUUUGCUGUUGGUCUAUUCCGCCUGCUCGAGUUGGCAAAUGUGACUGAGCCAAAUAUCUUAGAGAAGCUUUGUGCUGCACUAAAUGUAAAUAAGAAAAGUGUUGAUAGAGACCUUGAUGUCUACCGCAACCUUUUAUCCAAGCUGGUUCAAGCAAAGGAGCUAUUGAAAGAGUAUGUAGAAAGGUAA